UACUUCCUGCGGAAGUAAACAACACGGCGCUAGCAGCGCUAGCAGCGCUAGCUUCCAGGCUGCCUCUUGACUAACGAAGUUAAAAAGACGAUUUGAGCUGAAAGUUUCAGUGUCUUCAGUAACAACAGCUUCUUCAUUAGAGAGACAGAGAAAUUAAUCAGAGAGACGAACUGCUGCUGGAGAAAUAUCCAACAAAUCGGAGGAAGAGCUCGAUCAUCAGCUCAGACCGCUGGAUACCGGCUGGAAAACCCAAAUCAUCUGCGAACCUCCGGGUUGGGUUUUCUGAUCCAGGCUUUGUUGAGGCUUCGACACGUUGCUGAGAUUUGCCACAAAAUUAUGUCUAUUAUUAAGCCAGAUAUUCUUGCUCUGCAUUUUAUCCUCAACCAACAAGAGAUUUCUGUUCUUGACCAGAGGGGAACCAAAUCUCCAAAACCCAAAAGAGCAGAGGAAGAGGAACCAGAAGUUAUACAGGUAAAAGAAGAAGAGUAUGAAUCAGAACCUCAGCAGUUUGUAAAGAAAGAAGAAAUGGAAACGUCAAUUGAAACAGAUUCUGGAUCUCUUGAAAUAAAAGGGGAACCAGUAGAACUACGACUGAAACAAAUGAAGGAAGAUGAUCGCCUAUCAGAAUCUCAGCAGAUGGUAAAGGUUGAAGUAGAAGACAUCAGUCUGGAUAGAAACCAGGACAAACUACAGCAGGAGACGGAUACAGUAAAGGGAACUGAUUCUAAAUCUCCGGAACUCAAAGAGGAACCAGCUGAACUAGAACCUAACCAAGUGAAGGCAGAUGAUCAUGGAUCAGGACCUGAGCUGAUGGGAGAGAAAGAGGCUGAGGGCAUCAGUCAGGAUGAAAACCAGGACGUACUGGAGCAAAACGUUACCGUAAUCCUAAAGUUUUCUGAUGAUGAAACAGAUCACCACCAACCUGAAAUCAGUGAAAACAAAAUCCUGAUUCAGAACCUCCCAAAAGCAAAAUACCAGAAUAUAAAGACUCACAAGGCGUCAGAUUCCAGCAGAGACGUUCAGCAGCAGAAGAGAGCUCAGAAAAAUAGAGGACAAAGUGACGAUGUAGAGAGAGGAAUGAAAGGCAGGAAAAUACACAAAGGUAAAAUGUCCAAGCAGUGUAAAGUGUGUGGGAAAAUUUUCAAAUGUAUCAGCGAUUUAACUAUUCAUAAAAGAAUUCAUGCAGCUGAAAAGCCUUUCUCAUGUGUAACUUGUGGAAAAGGUUUCAACCAAAAAGGCAAUAUGAUUAGUCACAUGAGAACUCACUCAGGUGAGAGACCUUUCUCAUGUGAAACAUGUGGGAAAGGUUUCAGUCAAAAGGGUAGUUUGAGUAGCCACAUGAUAAUUCACAAAGUAGAGAAGCCUUUUUCAUGUAUAACCUGUGGGAAAGGAUUCAAUCAAAGGAGUCAUUUGACAAGCCACAUGAGAACUCACACGGGUGAGAAACCUUUCUCAUGUGAAACCUGUGGAAAAAGUUUUAUUGAAAAAACUAAUCUGCUUAAGCACAUGAGAACGCACACAGGUGAGAAACCUUUCUCAUGUGAAGCUUGUGGAAAAUGUUUCAGUCAACAAAAUAUUUUGAAAGGCCACAUGAGAACGCACACAGGUGAGAAACCUUUCUCAUGUGGAACCUGUGGAAAGUGUUUUAGGCACAAACAUAGCUUGGAUGUACAUAUGAGAAUUCACACAGGAGACAAACCUUUCUCAUGUGGAACCUGUGGAAAAGGUUUCAGCCAUAAAAGUAGUUUGAAUUACCAUGUCAGAAUGAACACAAAAUAGAAGCCUUUCCUCUAUCUGUGGGAAGCAUGUCUGUUGUUGCUGUUUCCUUUUUCUGUGACUGUUUUUUGAUAAUUUGUAAAAGUUUUCUAAAUCAGAUCUGAAGCCCUGUGGUGUUCUGGUUGAUAAAACUCUUUACUCUCAGGUGGAUUUCCAGUGGAGAAUAUCAAAAUUUGUUGUUUUUGUUCUUUUGAGCAGUUUGUCAGGAGUGAUGUUUACGAAAACACAACACCGAUUAUGGAAUGAUUUCUGAGAGAUGAAAACCUGUAAUGCAUUGUCGCAAUAAAUGCUUUACUUUGGGUUUCCACACAUGAUGCAUGAAGUGAAAUAUCAAAAUAACAUUUCUCUGUAUUUACUACAUGACAACCAUUAAAAUGUAUUAACAGUCUGGAUGUUGUGUGGAUUAAAGCUCCAGUAAAUUAAAUUAAUGUACAUCAACA